CGAAUAUCUUACGGAGUAUAGACAGUUGUUAUGUCCUCCUUCGAGACGACAGUCCGACACCAAGACUAUUCGAUAUAACGAGAACAAUUACAGUGCUUUCGUGGCGUUUAUAGAGAAAUCGCUCAUUUUCGAUACAAAAUAGCAAAAUAGUGUAAUAUUUUCUUUCGCUUUUUUCGUACAAAAAAGCAUGUUUGUGGCAUGUUUGUGUUUACGGUUUACACGCGAAUUGACUGUUGGUGUGUAUUAUAAUAUAUAGUUGUGCGUUGGCGAUGAAGAAAAUGUUCCAAUACUUAGUAACUGAGAGUCGCUCGUUACUUUUUUUGUGACUGUGAGAGCCCAGAGUCUCCAAAAUGAGUUAUCUGUCCUGGAAUGAAUGGAGCCAGAUCAUUCGAUCGUUCAUCCAAUAUUUUGCGGAAGGCGUGAGACUGGAGGAGUUUGCCGCUAUAAUGAGCGGUCUUGGCGAUCUAACGGUACCAUACAGAUCUUUCAAUUUCCAAACUUUGGAGGAUAUGUUGCGUAAAAUUCCUGGAUUAAAACUUGUUUAUAAAAACGGACGCUUAGUGAUAACCGCUGUCAUGUCAGAGAACACAUCUCACCUCAACAGAUUACAUACCACUCGACAUUACUUACCACUACUGCGACGUAAUCGUAUAACUCCACCUGCAAACGAAUCGAAUAAUCCAAGAAGAUUCCGCGUAGCCGGUAACAGCUUGUUUGCUACUGUCAGAGCGAGGAGAAGGCUAAAUCUUUCGUCUCCGACAAGGAUGGCUCCGUCGUUGCAGAUAAACAGGACGAUUUCAUUUUAUCAAAGGUUGCGGCAAUCCACGCUGAGUAUUCAAAACGAAUUAGCACCUACUCCUAUAAUUCUUGAACAACAGCGUUUAAUAUCAGAGGCAAAUAUGGACGACCCACGUCUUAGAUUAUUUAACUACACACAUGCUAGAGGGCUUCCUGAACCUGUAUAUGGACAGAUUUUCGUCAAUAACGAUGAUAAUGUUUAUGCCACCGCUGAGGUUAAUAAAAUAAAACAUCAUUCGUAUCCCCACGAGGCCAAAACGAAAGAAGAAGCUGAAAAAGUGGCCGCGAAAAAAGCGUUACGCCUGUUAACAAUGGAAGAAACGACUCCACAGGUCACGACCGAAGACAGCUCUCUAAUUUUGGGGAGAGUGUUAGAGAUCGUUGAAAGCUAUCCGAACGGUAUCUUCAAGUCGUAUGUUGAAGAAAUAUAUGCGAAGAAAUAUAUUGAAGCCUUACCCGAAAAUUGGCUAGAAAUCGUCGAGCACGAGGUAAAUAUUGUCAUAGGAGCAAACAAUGAGCCGAAGCUGAGUCCAUUAUGAAGCAGCAACUGCGAAAAACGAAUAACCAGUCUACGAGCUCAUUUACCUUUUUUGAACUAAGCACCAGAAUCAGAUCGAAUGGUUCUUUUUGAAUGCGUGGGCAUCAUAGUUCGUAUUUCAGACGACGCUAAAGAUUUCAAUAGUACUAGCUAGACGAUGUCUUAACCGGACUAAUAGUCAUCUUAAAUUUUUUAUAUUACGAGAGGUUUCCUGAGAAGAGAAAAGAAAAUGCUUAAUACGAGCUUUUUAGGCUCGUUCCUUAUCGUUCAUUGCGUUUUUUGUCAAAAACGGUAGGAACUAAAGCAGCGAUUCAGAUUACUAUUUUUCUGAAGAUUGACGUAAUUAGAUACGCAUUUGUACAUACAAGUUUUAAAAACGCCCUAGAGUUUAUAUGAUUAUGAACGAAGUAAGUUUUUGUGUAAAUUUUUAAAUUUAUAUCUUGGAUAAUGACAAGACAAGUACUUUAACGACAAGAGAAGAAUCUUUUUGAUUACUCAAUUUUUAGAUUAUCUGACAUAAUGGAUUAUUCUUAACUUAUAUUAAUAACGUUACCUGCGUUCUUCUCUUAAGGUUUCAUAUGUUCCAGAAAUAUUUAAAUCUUUAUUUCGACGCUCGAUUGCAAAUUAAAAAUAUGAAUUGGUCACAAAAUUAUUUGUAAAAAACAUACAACUAUAUUAUAAGAAAAUAUAUUUGAGUAAAGUACAAUCACAGUUAUAAUAGAAUCUCAGAAUACAUCAACCAGUUAUCCAGCUUUCAAAUCUUCUACAAGAAACACCAGCCUAGAUGGAUCAUCAGCGUUACAAAGAUAAAUCCUAGUGACUCCACUGCUUGAAAGUUGGUAGCCUCCACCCAAAGAAUAUUGUGUAGUUACUCUAAACGAGCAGCGCAGGCGCUGCUGAUGCUCGACUAAAUUUACCGCAGUUUCUCCGCGCGCGACGAAGAGAGAGAAUGAAGGGAGAGAGAGAGAGCCGCAUCAGACGCGCGCGCGAACUUCCAACUCGUGCGACCGCUUGACGCGGCUCCCGGUGUACCGCCAAGUUUCGCGUGCGACGCUCCCGCGAAUUGUUCUCGCCUCAGAGGCGAUGAGUGUAGUGGAUUAAGUUUGUUUGGUGACACUGUUAUACUGUUUUGCUUUAGGAGCCUCUGUUGAUCGUCCGCUGAUUUUCGAACUCGAAUCGAUUUAAAAAGUGCAGUUUCGCAACGCUACGUCAGAACUCAGAAGCAGAAGAAGAA